AAAAUGGCCACACAAACAACACUAGUUGCGCACUCCGCCGAAGCACACACGACGAAAUUUCAGGCUAAGGCUGCACGCUUCUUUCCACAUUACAGAUAAGGCGCUUGCGAAAUAUCCCCAACGAAAUUUUAAUCUCAUCGCGAUUCCGCAAAAGAAAAGAAAAGAGUGUGUGGUGUCGGGGAUGAACAUACAUUGAGGCAAAAGUGUUUCUUUUCUUUUCUUUUCUUUUCUGCGCAGUUAUUAUUAUUUUAGGACUGCAACUGCAUGAGUUGGACAAAACCGAGCAAGAUUGGUAGCUUGAAGUUCUACAAGCUUCAGCAACUAUGGCUAUUGCUACGGCCACCCUCUCUCUCCAUUUCGCCAAAAUUCCCAUUCGUCAAACGCAUUCAUCUUCUCCAAUACGCCAUCGCAUCCCUUCUGGUCGACGGUUGAAUCUCUAUUACCCUCGCACUUCCCACAGAUUUGCGUGUUUUGGUUCCAAGUGUUCACUGACAGACACUGAUGUGCAUUUGGUUCAUGUUACCACGGAUGAGGAUGAGGCUCAGGGAAGAGGGGUGGUUGAGCCUCACUGCCCGGUGCCAUUUGUUAAACUCAAUACUGAUAUUCUCGAGACUGAGUCUUUGAACUUGCUCGCAGAAGCCACAUUUGUAGAUACUCUCUUGACUGCAUUGCCUGUUUUGUCCGAGGAGGAGCAGCACGCCCUAUCUGCUACUCCGGCUCACCCGGCUGGUUUACACGCUUUUUAUGCUAGUUGCUUAACUGCAAAUGUAGUGGAGCAGCUUUGGAAUUUUGCUUGGCCUUCUGCCAUUGCCUUGAUUCAUCCAAGCCUUUUGCCAGUUGCUGUAAUGAGUUUCUUCACCAAAGUGGCUAUAAUUGUUGGCGGUCCCUUGGUUGGCAAACUUAUGGACCAUUUUCCAAGAGUGUCUGCAUAUAAUUGCUUAACCAUUGUUCAGGCAGCAGCUCAGUUGCUAUCUGCAGCGAUGAUUAUUCGUGCCCAUUCUGUCCAACCUACUUCAUUUUCUACACUGCUUCUGCGUCCCUGGUUUGUCAUAUUGGUUUCAGCUGGGGCUAUUGAGAGGCUUUGUGGAGUAGCUUUGGGGGUUGCAAAUGAGCGUGAUUGGGUUGUGCUGCUGGCAGGAGUGAAUAGGCCUAUUGCAUUAGCACAGGCAAAUGCUGUUCUAAAUCGAAUUGAUCUCCUGUGUGAGAUAGCCGGGGCGAUGCUGUUUGGAUUCCUUCUUUCUAAAUUUCAUCCUGUAAUCUGCUUAAAAGUUGCUUCUGGGUUAAUGAUGGGGCUUCUGCCUGUUACAAUUGUUUUCAAUUAUUUAACCAACAAGCUUUCCACCGGUGUUCUUGACCGACCUAAACCUUCACAAACCUGUUGCAGAACAUUUAAUGAAGAUUCUGCAUUAGAUGCCAGCAGUAUAGUGUUUAAAGGUCUGGAAGCCAUCAAGCUCGGCUGGAAGGAGUAUCUGGGUCAGCCUGUUCUCCCUGCUAGUCUUGCAUGGGUGCUCCUCUGCUUUAACAUUGUUCUCACGCCAGGCAGUUUGCUGACAGCAUUUUUAACACAGCGUGGCUUACAUCCGUCAAUCAUAGGAGGAUUCAGUGGAAUGUGUGCUUUAAUGGGUGUUGCUGCAACAUUUGUGUCUUCAACUCUGGUCAAGCAAUUUGGCAUUUUAAAGGCUGGGGCAGUUGGGUUGGUAUUUCAAGCGUUACUUCUCAGCAUGGCUGUUGCUGUAUAUUGGAGUGGAACAAUUUCUCAUCAGAGCCCUCUUCUUACUUUCCUAUUUCUGAUUAUUCUGUCACGGUUAGGACACAUGUCAUAUGAUGUUGUAGGGGCUCAGAUUCUCCAGACAGGAAUCCCAUCAUCCAAAGCAAAUCUCAUUGGGACGACAGAGAUUGCUGUUGCUAGUUUGGCGGAGUCUAUAAUGCUGGGUGUUGCAAUAAUUGCAAACGAUCCUUCUCAUUUUGGAUGUUUAGCACUGUUGUCUCUUCUAUCAGUAGUUGGUGCUGCCUGGAUGUUCUGUAGAUGGCUGUUGAAUCCAACAGAUGAACAAAAAAACCUUUUUUCUUAUGAUCCUCAGUUUUGAUAUUUAUUUGUUCAUUAAUUGCCUUAGUGCAAACUGCAAAGGCAGUUCGAUGUAAACAAGAAUCAAAAUAUAGCAUGGUGGGUGAUUAUCCACUUAAUACAGGAGCUUGGGGCGUUUUCUUCUCACCUGGCCAAUGAUAUUCAUUGUGUGGACAAAAUAGAUGGCUUUACCUGUAAUUCUGUAAAUGUGUAGCAUGCCAUCAUAUUUAUAUUAUUAGUGUACAUGACAAAUAAUUAGCUAGUUGCCUACGUCCAACACGUACAAACGUUUUGUAAAGCAUUUUAUUCAUUGUUAAAAUUCUUUCCCGGGAUUUAAAAUAUCAGCAGAUUUGUUCCGGUGAUUGUGAUAGGAGGAUCAA